AUGGACUCCCCCGCCGUCCCCGUCCCUUUCGACCCGCAGGAGCAGCCGAUCCUGGAGCGUCUUCUCCGCACCAGAGAUGCACUCUUGCUGCUAAAACAAGACAAGUCGUCCUAUAUCAAAUCUCGCGAUGUGCUCCCGCUAUACGAAGAAGUGAUCUCCGAGGUGGAAAAGCUCAAUGCUGUGCGGAAGGAACAGGACCGCCGGCUGACACACAACCGACUCGACUACGUACUCGACGACUGCUUUCAAUUGAUCUCGUUACUGUUCUUGACUGUGGGAAGGAAUAAUGAGGCCCCCGCAGUAUACUCGCUUGCAACAACAAUCAAGCGCCUGCUUGAUCACCUUGAAGAAGCUGGUUUUUACAGCUCAAAAGAUCUCAGCUCGAUCACCAAGACCCUGACCAACAUGAAGGAGACAGUCGAGCGUGGUCGAGAUGCAUAUUCCCCAGCUCUGAUGACGCUCUUGGAAAGUCGACUUGAACAGUGUCAAUUGAAGUUGGAUAAGUUGCGGGGCGGGCUUGAAGCUAUGAACCCUGAGCUAGCACCCACCCAUGAGACUCUUGUUUCAGUCUUGCGGUCGACAGCGGCAGCCAACACUCGAUCAAAGUUCUCCGCGACGGAAGUGAUCAAUCUUCGGAAGCAGUUGACGAAAAUCCAAGACACAAUGAAGGACGGUAACUUCGUUGGAGCAGAUGGUAAGCCCCUAGAAGGGCAAGACGGGGUCAAACAGCUGCUGGACCGGUGCUGGCGUUGGACCGAGAUUGUGCUUGAACGAGAGGGGAAGAUUGACGAGCGCUUCCGCGACCAAUACGAUCGGCUGCUUGAGAUUCGUAACCAGCUGGAUCGACUCUCCGUAACUCAGGCCUGGUCUCUGCGGGAGACCGACCUUUUCGGAUAUCAGCGGAAACUCGACCGUAUUGAUGAAGCUCGGGUCGAUGGAAAUUUCGUGGAUGCCGAAGGGCAGCCGGCAGAUAUCCAUGCGCAGCGUACAUUACUAUACCUCAUUCGGAGGAGCUACGCCUAUAUCUACGCACUUCUGAUCUCUUCGGAACCCGUAUCUGAGGCCUUGCUGCCAGUCUACAAUCAGCUGCAGACCUUGCGACGAUGUCUCCUGGAAGUCAAAGAGUCCGGAGGUGUCUCGAAUUCUCGAGAAUUGUACCCAUAUAGUAUGAAGCUGAACUCCAUUGACAACAUGCGAGUUGACGGCAAAUUCUACAUGGGAAACGACAUUCCCGAAGGACAGGGCAGCGUCAAUGCGCUGCUGGCCGAAUGCUAUGAUAUCGUAUGGGAGCUGCGGGCGGCUGUACCUGACGAGGAAGAGAGAACCAGCGCUUAA